CGGUAUACAUCCGCUUUACCCGGUCCAAUUAUUGAUUUAAUUUCAAUUUUUUGAUUUUUGGAUGGUAAACCGGGUCGAAUUAUACGGUCAAGCAUAGCUGGACCGGUUCUUUUUUUCUCCUCCUUUUAUCCAAGCGCUAAACGACGAGUGGUUACCGUCGGCGAAAAGGCUGAUGCAAAUCCAAUCAAAGGUGAAAAACAAAGAAGGAACAAGAUCGAAACGGAAGAGAAAAGCUGAAACAGCAAUCCAUUAAUGGUGGUGAUGAUCAUCAAGGGUAUAUUCAGGAGGUAUGAGAAAUGGAAUCCUGUUCAUCCUACUUAUGGAGCCUUUUGGGGAAUGGGUAUUGGCAUUGGCUGUGGCGUCGGAUGGGGACCUGGUUUUGGCCCUGAGGUCAUUGGCUACGUCGGUGCUGGCUGCGGCGUUGGUUUCAGUGUUGGCAUUACGCUCGCUGGUCUUGGCAUUGGUCUCCCCACAAACCUUCUUCUUGCAGCUCCUUAUAACACUGUAGAAGCAACUAGAAAGGGUGCUAUUAAGUUGUUUGGUAAUAGUCUUUCAAUUGAUGGGUGGAGCGAUGUUAUGCCUCAGUUUGUUGGGUUGAAGAGACAAGUCAGUGAGAUGUGCUCUGGUUUUAACAAGAAGCCUCCUCUCUUAGAUGAUGCCGUUGACUUGAAAAGUUUGCCUUUGUUCAUUCCACAUGAUUGUGGAAGCUCUGGGAUCCAUCUUCUCUAUAUGCGCAAAGGUUUGAAAGACAAGAAACGUGGAGAUUCAUCAGCUAUGUAAUGACGUUAGACCACGAGGAUCUCAAGCAUCUGAGACGCUCCUGUCGAGAUUUUGAUUGAAUAAUUACUUUCCUGUCUUGGUUGGAGGGCACACUAUGAAACAAACCUGAAGCAUUUGUGUGUGAGUCCAUGUUACAGUUACAUAGAUACAUGUGCGAGGUUUGGUGUUUGGCAAUAGCAUUUAUGGACAGACAGUUCAGGUUAGGUAAAGGAAAACAGAGUGCAUAAGUGUAGUUAUGCUUCAAGCACUUCAUCCUCUUCACUCAAUACUCAUCAUGUAUUAUAAGUUUUCUUUUAACUCAUAUCAUUUAUUUAGUGACUAAGAGGUUUUGAAUUCGUUAGCUCAGCACAUAGCAAGACCACUGGACCAUGUAAUAUUUUUUUUUUCAAAUUUGUUUAUGUUUAUAAAACAACAAAACAAAACCCAAUACA